ACUUUCAAGUACAGGAAGAAAGGAUCUGCUUCACCAUUGACCACCUGAUACAAUGCACCCAGCAGGGCCCUUGUGAGAUCUUUCUCUACGAUAUGACCCACAGGGACAAUGCAGGUUCUGUCGGCAGCCUGAAGUUUGUGACUUUUCUGGUUGCCCUAAGUCCAGUACUUCUACUCCUGGGAGCCAGAGUGCAGCUUCAAGACAACGGGUAUGAUGGAAUACUUAUUGCAAUUAAUCCUCAGGUACCUGAGAAUCAGAACCUCAUCACAAACAUUAAGGAAAUGAUAACUGAAGCUUCUUUUUACCUAUUCAAUGCCACAAAGAGAAGAGUAUUUUUCAGAAAUAUACAGAUUUUAAUACCUGCCACAUGGAAUGCUAAUAAUUAUAGCAAAGUAAAACAAGAAUCAUAUGAAAAGGCAGAUGUCAUAGUGACUGAUUGGAAUGGGGUACAAGGAGAUGACCCAUACACUCUGCAAUACAGAGGAUGUGGAAAAGAAGGAAGAUACAUUCAUUUCACACCGAACUUCCUACUGAAUGAUGACUUAAUAGCUGGCUAUGGAUCACGAGGCAGAGUGUUUGUCCAUGAAUGGGCCCAUCUCCGUUGGGGUGUGUUUGAUGAAUAUAAUAAUGAUAAACCUUUCUAUAUAAAUGGACAAAAUCAAAUUAAAGUUACAAGAUGUUCAUCUGACAUCACAGGCAUUUUUGUGUGUGAAAAAGGCCCUUGCCCCCAAGAAAACUGCAUUAUUAGUAAGCUUUUCAAAGAAGGAUGUGUGUUUAUCUACAACAGCACCCAAAAUGCAACUGCAUCAAUAAUGUUCAUGCAAAGUUUAUCUUCUGUAGUUGAAUUCUGUAAUGCAAGUACUCACAACCAAGAAGCUCCAAACCUACAGAACCAAAUUUGCAGCCUCAGAAGUGCGUGGGAUGUGAUGGCAGACUCUGCUGACUUCAAAGGCAGCCUUCCCUGGAAGGGUUCUGAGCUUCCACCUCCUCCCACUUUCACUGUUACACAGGCCGGUGACAAGGUGGUCUGUUUAGUGCUGGAUGUGUCCAGCAAGAUGGCAGAGGCUGACAGACUCCUCCGACUGCAACAAGCAGCUGAAUUUUACUUGAUGCAGAUUGUUGAAAUUCACUCUUUUGUGGGCAUUGUCAAUUUUGAUGGUAAAGGAGAGAUUCGAGCCCAGCUACAUCAAAUUAACAGUGAUGAUGACCGAAAGCUGCUGGUUUCGUAUCUGCCUACCACUGUGUCUGCUGAAGCAGAAACCAGUAUCUGCUCAGGGCUUAAAAAAGGAUUUGAGGUGGUUGAAAAGCUGAAUGGCAAAACCUAUGGCUCUGUGAUGAUAUUAGUGACCAGUGGAGGUGACGAGCACAUUGGCAACUGCUUGCUCACAGUGCUCAGCAGUGGGUCAACCGUCCACUCCAUUGUCCUGGGCUCCUCUGCGGUGGGAAACCUAGAGGAAUUAUCCCAUGUUACUGGAGGUUUAAAGUUUUACGUUCCAGAUAAAUCAAACUCUAAUAGCAUGAUUGAUGCUUUCAGUAGAAUUUCCUCUGGAACUGGAGACCUUUUUCAACAGAGCAUUCAGCUUGAAAGCAUGGGUGAAAAUGUUAGCCCUUACCAUCAAUUGAAAAACACUGUGACUGUGGAUAACAGUGUGGGCAAUAACACUAUCUUCCUAGUCAUGUGGCAGACCAGUGGUCCCCCUGAGAUUGUAUUACUUGAUCCUACUGGAAGAAAAUACUACAUGAAUAAUUUUAUCAUCAAUGUAGCUUUUCGGACAGCUAGCCUUUUGAUCCCAGGAACUGCCAAGCCUGGGCACUGGAUAUACACCCUGAACAAUACACACCAUUCUCCUCAGGCCCUGAAAGUGACAGUGGCCUCCCGUGCCUCCAGCUCCACUGUGCCCCCAGCCACUGUGGAAGCCUUUGUGGAAAGAGAUAGCACCUAUUUUCCUCAUCCCGUGAUAAUUUAUGCAAAUGUAAAAAGAGGGUUUUACCCCAUUCUUAAUGCCACGGUUACAGCGAUGGUUGAGCCAGAGAUUGGAGAUCCUGUCAUGCUGAAACUUUCUGACGACGGAGCAGGUGCUGAUGUUAUAAAAAAUGAUGGAAUAUACUCGAGGUAUUUUUUCUCCUUUGCUGUAAAUGGUAGAUAUAGCUUGAAAGUGCAUGUCAAUCAUUCUCCCAGCGUAAGCGCUGUAGCCCACUCUGUCCCAGGAAGUCAUGCUAUGUACGUACCAGGUUACAUAGCAAAUGGUAAUAUUCAGAUGAAUGCUCCAAGAAAAUCAGUGCGCAGAAGUGAGGAGGAGCAAAAGUGGGGCUUUAGCCGAGUUAGCUCAGGAGGCUCCUUUUCAGUGGUGGGAGUUCCAACUGGCCCCCAUCCUGAUGUGUUUCCACCAUGCAAAAUUGUUGACUUGAAAGCUGUAAAAAUGGAAGAGGAAGUGACCCUGUCUUGGACAGCACCUGGAGAAGACUUCGAUCAGGGGCAGGCUACAAGCUAUGAAAUAAGAAUGAGUGACAACCUACAGAGUAUUCAAGAUGACUUUAACAAUGCCAUUUUAGUAAAUAUGUCAAAGCUAAAACCUCAGCAAGCUGGCACCAGGGAGAUGUUUACAUUCUUGCCCAAACUUUUCUUAAAUGGACUUGAACCUGAUGGAGAAACACAAGAAAGCCACAGAAUUUAUGUGGCCAUGAGAGCAGUGGAUAAGAACUCCUUAAAGUCUGCUGUAUCUAAUGUUGCCCAGGUAUCUCUGUUUAUUUCUCCAAACUCUGCUCCUGUACUAGGAAGAGAUUCUCUUAUAAUGAAAGGAGUUUUAAUAGCAAUAAGUUUAAUAGGAAUCAUUUGCCUCAUUAUAGUUACAGCACAUUAUACUUUGAAUAGGAAAAAGAGAGCAGACAAGAAAGAGAAUGGAACAAAAUUACUAUGAACAAAUACACAGAGUACCUUCCUUUUUUGAUAAAAAGGCCCAUGGCACUUGCAUUUUGCAAAUAUAUAACCUCAAAAUAAAGUUAACAUAAAACUGUAUUAAAAUGCAUUGAGUUUUUGUAUAAUAGAGAUAUUGUUUUUACAUAGUUAUUACACAUAUUUUUGUAAUAGUCAUUUUGAGGGGUGAAUUAGAAAACCCUUAGGCUUUAG